CGCGUGUAUUUAAUUCUUAAACCCCCUGAACUGCUAGUUCUUUUCAUUCUGCCCGCGUUUGCACCGUUUCGCCCAAGAUGGUACCUUCGUUACUGGUCCCAUCAGUGCAUCCUCGUCGAUAAUGACGCUUAUUUCCCCGGACUUCGUUCUCCCAAAGGUCACGGAGGAUGACAUGGCAGUUGCUUCGAUUGCGUGGGGUUUUACCAUUGGCUUUGGGUGGCUAACUAGCUGGGCAGCAGUGAAGCAGACUGUGAACAUCUACAAGAGGAAUGGCCGCCGCAUUUUCACCAAUGCCUAUGUGUUCAUGGUGUGGCUGGAGAUCAUAGUUUGCCUUAUAUUUAGCAUAAUCUGCUGGUUAUAUGUGAGGGGUGUCAUUCCACCAAGCUUUGCUUUCUAUUUCGGCAUUGUGACACUAUGGGCCCUGCAGGUCCAAUUCCUCCUGCAAAUCAUCAUAAAUCGCUGCGCAUUACUGCUUCUGGACCAAAAAAAGGCUACGUGUCUGAAGGCCGCUGUCGCCACCCUAAUCACUGCCGUCAACAUCUCGGUCUAUACCAUCUGGAUCCCCGCUCGUCUGCAGAUCUCAGAGGAGUAUGUCUGGAUCAAUGAGCGGUGGGACCGUUGCGAGAAGGUAAUAUACCUUCUUGUCGAUGGGUCGCUCAACUUCUAUUUCAUUCAUAUCGUUCGGUCGAACCUAGUAUCGGCUGGUCUGGUCAAGUACAAGACGCUGAUCUAUUUCAAUAUGAGUAUCAUCGGGAUAUCGCUUGGCAUGGACGUGCUUAUCAUUUCUAUGAUGAGUUUGCAAAACACGUUCGUGUAUAUGCAGUUUCAUCCUCUUGCGUAUAUGGUCAAACUCAACAUCGAGCUGUCAAUGGCGGAUCUGAUUGCGCGCAUCGCUGGAGAUCGUUCCUGUGCCACCAUCUAUCAAGACGCACCGGGUAGCCUGGAGCAGGGACAGGAGAAUAUGCAAGCUGUUGACAUUAGCUCCAUCUAUAGGAGCACGGUGUUCAUUUAAUACUCCUCUUUGUAUGUCAGAAGCAAUACUGGAAUUUCUUGUGGAAACACUGGUGUUGUCAGCUGCAGAAGCAGUCAUUCGCUACAUCAGUGUUAUCUGGUAUGUUGACGGACUCCUCUGCUAUUGCGGUCUGAGCUAACACCCCUUCGCUGUUGAUGGCAUCUGCGUGGCUCGCCCUGCUAUCGCUGACCUUUAACUGCUCCACAGGACCUCCUUGACUGGAUUCAUAUCCGGAAUCAGUGAACGGGGCCUGAGAGGGUGUAAUAUCUGGGGUUAUGGUUUUGCCACGAAAGCCUAAUCCUUCACCAGCGGGAUCAGUUAAUCCCGCUACUCUCAUGGGGCGGGAAUAAGAAUCCAAGGGAUGCUCUUGUUGGAGAUGGUUAUGGCCAUGUAUGAGUAAAUGUGAUCGACCGCCCAUUGGCUGGUCAGGAAGCAGUUAGGAAGCCACUUUACUAAGCAA